CCCACAACAGCUCAGCCCUUCCAAAAGAGAACGAGAGCAACGAAACAAACAGCACAAACAAAACAAGGAGACUGUGUGCUUUGCCGCUGCUGCCGCCGCCUCACUUGCUCGCUGACUCUGCAGCUUCCAGCAUUGAACGGGACGUGUGUGUGGGCGUGAGUGAGUGUGGACACCAACACCUUCCUCCAACCUGCAACGGACACCUUUGCUCCUGUUGACUGCGGGUACACUGGAAGAUCCAACGUUCCCAACAACGCAAACGCACACACACACAUACACAGCGCUUGCUUGCGGUGCUGCCGCCACUCCCAAAAACAUUUAUCCACAUCCACAUCCACACCCACAUCCACACACACGCACGCAUCCACACACGAGUCAACCAUCGACCAUGGCGGACGACAGCACCGUGCUGCUUGAUGGCAUGAUGCUCAAGCGGUCUCUUGGCAAGAAGGCAAUUGGACCAAAGAAAUGGACAGACCGCUACUUUGUCAUGACGGAAUCCACUCUCUACUACUACACCUCGCCGUCCAAGGACAAGUUGAAGGGAACCAUCGAUCUCGCCUCUGUUCGCGGCGUGGAGGAGGUCAUGCCCGAGGCCUUCAGCCGACCGUACAUGUUCCAGCUCAUCCGUGAUGACCACACUCUCUACUGCCAGUGCCAAAGCAUCCUCGACCAACGCCGCUGGCUGGAGGGGCUCCGGCGCCGCGCGAGCAAGAACCCGCAUCUCCUCAGCAAGUUCCACAAGGGCGUCGUCACCAGCGGCAAGUGGACUUGCUGCGGCGGUGCAAAGGAUUGCGAAGGCUGCGGCCCUUGCUUCGACUACGGCGUGUUUGAGGUCACUGCAACAAACGGUACACAGCAGCAGCAGCAGCAGCAGCAGCAGACCGCUGUAACAGCCGCAACACAACAGCAACAGCUACAGCAACAGCCGGCUGCGCCUGCGAUUCCUGCCGUCGCACAAGACUCACUCACCCCGUGCCAGUUCAAAGUUGUUGCCAUGUUCCCCUUCCACGCGCUGGAGCCCACAGACUUGAGUCUCUCCCCCGGCGAGGAGCUGGAAGUCCUCGACGCGUCACAGGAGCACUGGUGGCGCGCGCGUAACAGCAAGGGCGAGGCGGGCAUGAUCCCUGCCAACUACGUGCGCAAACCAGGCAUCGAAUCAGAACCGUGGUUCCUUGGGCGCAUCAGCCGCACAGAGGCCGGUGCCCGCCUGCGCAUUAAGGAAAAGGACGGCUACUUCCUUGUUCGCGAGAGCGAAACUCGUCCAGGCACAUACUCCCUCACACUCUUGUACAAAGGAAGCUGCCGCCACUACCACAUUAAGACGACGUCGGAGGGCCUGUACUACAUCACAGAACGCCACCAGUUCAAGUCCAUCAACGAGCUCAUCACAUACCACAAGCACAACAGCGGAGGGCUUGCGACGCGGUUGAAGUUCCCGCUGCUUGAGGAGGAGCAGCCGAGUGCGCCUGGCCUCGGGUCUGACAAGUGGCAGAUUGCGCUGGCCGACCUCAGCUUUGGGCAGCAGCUCGGCGCAGGCCAGUUUGGCGUCGUCUACAAGGGCGUCUACAAGGGCCAGCACACGGUUGCGAUCAAGACAAUGAAGCAAGGCUCCAUGAACGAGGAGGAGUUUGUUGCCGAGGCUGAAGUCAUGAAGCACUUCAAGCACCGCAAUCUUGUUGAGCUGCUCGGCAUCGUUGUUGGCGAUGACCGCGUCAUGAUUGUCACAGAAUUCAUGGAGAACGGGUGUCUCCUCAACUACCUGCGUGAGAACCCGACCUUGGUGGAGAAGCCCAGCACACUCCUCUACAUGAGUAUCCAGUGUGCGUGCGCAAUGGCUUUCCUCGAAUCCCACGGCUUCAUCCACCGUGACCUGGCUGCACGCAACUGCCUUGUUGGGCAGAACUACCUUGUGAAGGUUGCCGACUUUGGGCUUGCGCGCUACACGACAGAUGACGAGUACACGGCGUCGGAGGGCACAAAGUUCCCCAUCAAGUGGGCUGCCCCGGAGGUCUUUGAGUUUGCCCGCUUCUCCUCAAAAUCAGAUGUCUGGUCGUUUGGCAUUCUUCUGUGGGAGAUUUGGUCUGGUGGCGUGCACCCGUACCCCGACCUUUCCAACGCGCAAGUUGUGACGUUCCUAAACGAGGGCAAGCGGCUCAAGUCGCCCGCCAAGUGCCCGGACCACAUCUACUCCAUCAUGACCCAGUGCUGGCACAAGGACGUUGAGGGCCGCCCCAACUUUGCAGAGCUCUACAAGGAGCUGUGCGAGAACAAGGGUUACUACACCGAUGAUUUCCCAGACGUUGAUUCCUAAGCCAGCACCUGUUGCCUGUUCUCCUUGUUCCACGUUCUCUUGCUUCUCAGUUGUCCCCGCCUUCACAGCCCGUUCAUGACAUCUUGUUCAUCGCUCCCCUCCGCUGCCUUUCUCUCCUUCUCUUCUGCGUUCUCUUUCAGUCCACAUGUGACUGUGCGUCAUUUGCUUUCCUCUUCUUUGCGUGGGCCUUGCCGCCUCCUCCUUGUCCUCAUUUCACCAUUGCGUUGCCCCUUCAUUCGUCUCACGGCCACCCCCCCCAACACCACGACGCUCGUUUCUUCUGAUCUUGUUUCUUCUCAUUGCGUGGAAGACAUAGCCUUGUCGUCUAUGUGUGUGCCUGUGUGUGUGUGUGCCUGUGUGUGUGUGUUUGUGUGUGUGUGUGUGUGUGUGUGUG